GCCCGCAGGCUUGCGGGGAAACUUCCUUAUUAUUGUGACGCCGAGGACAGAGAGCCCAAGACGGCGGGCGGCUGCGACUGGAGUCCCCGCGGCGCCCCGGGGGCGGCUGUCAAGGUGUGGGGAACGGGCCGGGUGGAAAUCUUGGGAAGAAGAAGACUUUCUGGUUGAGGCAGUCAAUUAAGAUUUUUUAAAAAAAAAUUUUAUUGUGGACCUUCUCAUGCCUUUCCCGAAAACCUCAACCUCAAGAGUUCAAAGAGCUGCAUGACUCCCUGAAGGCUGGGAACAAUGCUAUGCUGGGGGUAUUGGUCCCUGGGCCAGCCUGGCAUCAGCUCCAGCCUGCAGGGUGUCGUGGCUGAGCCGCAGGUGUGUGGCUUCAUCUCGGACGGCAGCGUGAAGGAGGUGGCCUGCGGUGGCAACCACUCAGUGUUCCUGCUGGAGGGCGGGGAGGUAUACACCUGCGGCCUUAACACCCAGGGCCAGCUGGGCCAUGAGAGGGAAGGCAACAAACCAGAGCAAAUUGGAGCAUUGGCAGACCAGCACAUUGUCCAUGUGGCGUGCGGCGAGUCCCACAGCCUGGCCCUCAGUGACCAGGGCCAGCUCUUCUCCUGGGGCGCGGGGAGCGAUGGCCAGCUGGGACUGAUGACAACUGAGGACUCGGUGGCGGUGCCCAGGUUAAUACAGAAGCUGAACCAGCAGACGAUAUUGCAAGUUUCCUGUGGCAACUGGCACUGCUUGGCUCUCGCAGCUGAUGGGCAGUUCUUCACGUGGGGCAAGAACAGCCAUGGGCAGCUGGGCUUGGGCAAGGAGUUCCCCUCCCAGGCCAGCCCGCAGAGGGUGCGCUCCCUGGAGGGCAUCCCCCUGGCCCAGGUGGCUGCUGGAGGCGCUCACAGCUUUGCCCUGUCCCUCUCAGGAGCUGUGUUUGGCUGGGGAAUGAACAACGCAGGGCAGCUGGGGCUCAGUGAUGAAGAAGAUCGAGAGUCUCCUUGCCACGUGAAGCUCCUGCGAACACAAAAAGUCGUCUACAUCAGCUGUGGAGAGGAGCACACAGCAGUCCUCACAAAAAGCGGAGGCGUAUUCACCUUUGGUGCUGGCUCCUGUGGGCAGCUUGGGCAUGACUCCAUGAACGACGAGGUCAACCCAAGGAGAGUGCUCGAACUGAUGGGCAGUGAGGUGACUCAGAUCGCAUGUGGCAGACAGCACACCCUAGCCUUUGUGCCUUCUUCUGGACUCAUCUAUGCAUUUGGUUGUGGAGCAAAAGGUCAGUUAGGAACCGGACACACCUGCAACGUGAAGUGCCCGUCUCCUGUGAAAGGGUUCUGGGCCGCCCACAGCGGCCAGCUCUCUGCCCGAGCUGAUCGUUUUAAGUAUCAUAUUGUGAAGCAGAUCUUCUCUGGAGGAGACCAAACUUUUGUACUUUGCUCCAAAUUUGAGAACUCUUCUCCUGCUGUUGACUUCAGAACUGUGAACCAAGCACACUAUACCAGUCUAAUAAAUGACGAAACAAUAGCAGUUUGGAGACAGAAACUCUCAGAACACAACAGUGCAAAUACGAUCAAUGGUGUUGUUCAGAUACUAUCUUCUGCAGCGUGUUGGAAUGGAAGUUUUCUAGAAAAAAAAAUUGAUGAGCAUUUCAAAACAAGCCCCAAAAUACCUGGGAUUGACCUGAAUUCAACUAGAGUAUUAUUUGAGAAACUAAUGAACUCCCAGCAUACCAUGAUUCUGGAACAGAUCUUGAACAGCUUUGAAAGUUGCCUGAUUCCUCAGCUGUCAAGCUCCCCACCUGAUGUGGAAGCAAUGAGAAUCUACUUAAUCCUCCCUGAGUUUCCCUUGCUCCAGGAUUCCAAGUACUACAUCACGCUGACUAUUCCCCUGGCAAUGGCCAUUCUGCGUCUGGACACGAACCCUAGCAAAGUCUUAGAUAAUUGGUGGUCUCAGGUAUGCCCGAAAUAUUUCAUGAAGCUGGUAAACCUCUAUAAAGGUGCAGUCGUUUAUCUCCUGAGGGGAAGAAAGACGUUCUUAAUCCCUGUACUGUUUAACAAUUAUAUUACAGCAGCUCUCAAGCUUUUGGAGAAGCUAUAUAAGGUAAACCUUAAAGUCAAGCAUGUAGACUAUGAUGCGUUUUACAUCCCUGAGAUCUCCAGUCUCGUGGACAUUCAGGAAGACUACCUCAUGUGGUUCUUGCAUCAGGCAGGCAUGAAAGUCAGACCUUCUAUAAUACAGGACACUGUCACACUUUGUUCCUACCCUUUCAUCUUUGAUGCUCAAGCCAAGACCAAAAUGCUCCAGACAGAUGCUGAGCUACAGAUGCAGGUGGCCGUCAAUGGAGCCAACCUGCAGAAUGUCUUCAUGCUACUCACUCUGGAGCCUCUGCUGGCCAGAAGCCCCUUCCUGGUCCUCCACGUCCGCAGAAACAACCUGGUUGGAGACGCCCUGAGGGAGCUGAGCAUUCACUCCGACAUUGACCUGAAGAAGCCUCUCAAGGUGAUCUUUGAUGGUGAAGAAGCAGUGGAUGCAGGGGGAGUCACCAAGGAGUUCUUCCUCUUGCUGCUGAAAGAACUUCUGAAUCCCAUCUAUGGGAUGUUUACCUACUAUCAGGAGUCUAAUCUGCUCUGGUUUUCAGACACGUGUUUCGUAGAGCACAACUGGUUUCACUUGAUUGGCAUAACCUGUGGACUCGCUAUCUACAACUCUACUGUGGUCGACCUCCACUUCCCACUGGCUCUCUAUAAGAAGUUACUAAAUGUCAAGCCUGGCUUGGAGGACUUGAAGGAGUUGUCACCAACUGAAGGAAGGAGUCUUCAAGAGCUUUUAGAUUACCCCGGCGAAGAUAUUGAAGAGACUUUCUGCCUCAACUUCACGAUUUGCCGAGAAAGCUACGGAGUGGUUGAACAGAAGAAGCUGAUACCUGGGGGAGAUGAGGUGACCGUGUGCAAGGACAACAGGCAGGACUUCGUGGAUGCUUAUGUGAACUAUGUCUUCCAACUCUCCGUUCACGAAUGGUACUCAGCCUUCUCCAGUGGCUUCCUCAAGGUGUGCGGCGGCAAGGUGCUGGAGCUCUUCCAGCCGUCAGAGCUGAGGGCCAUGAUGGUGGGGAACAGCAACUACAACUGGGAGGAGCUGGAACAGACUGCAGUCUACAAGGGUGACUACUCAGCCACCCAUCCCACUGUGAAACUAUUUUGGGAAACAUUUCAUGAAUUUCCACUGGAAAAGAAGAAGAAAUUUCUCUUGUUCCUGACAGGCAGCGACCGGAUCCCCAUCUACGGCAUGGCGAGCCUGCAGAUAGUCAUCCAGUCCACAGCCAGCGGGGAAGACUACCUGCCUGUGGCCCACACCUGCUACAACCUUCUGGACCUCCCCAAGUACAGCAGCAAAGAGGUCCUGAGCGCACGGCUGACACAAGCCCUAGACAACUACGAGGGCUUCAGCCUGGCCUGAGCCCCAGCACCUCAGCCCAGGUGUCCCGGCCUUCCCCAGUGCCCACAUUGCAGGUGAUACAGAAAAUCCUGGGGAGUGAGUUCUAUUUUUUUAUUGGGUGAGUAGGGUGGGACUUUGGAACCCUGAGCCCUGUUGUAUUUCUGAAGCAGUGAGCAGCCUUUUUAGAGAAGCAAUCGAGGGCUUGGUAACGGAGUGAAAAAUCAGCAUGCGGCAGGGAGGGGUGUGUUUUUGUUUCUAGACCCCAUUCCCUGGUGUCCCCUGCUUCGGUGGGUAUGUUGCUCUCUGCUGGGUGACCUGUUUUUAAACUCUCAUCUCUCAGCUGUCUCUCUCAGCCCCAGCCUCUCCUCACAGUGCUUCCUGGUCCUCCUCUGACUUCUCAUUCCUCUGCAAGAAUGACUACCCACCCCCUUCUUCCCUGGCCUUGUGGAAGGAAUGUCUCCUUCUUCCUCAGCCUUGAACAUGCUUCUGGCUUCCAGUAGCCUCCCCUGGAGAAGGCCCAAGGGGGAAAGGACUACUUCAGAAAUUUCCGUUUCCAACCAGCUGAAUCUGGGUCCAUGCCUUUGACUGAACUCUUAAGGAUUUAGGGGACCCUUCAUGAAUGCAGCUUCAAGAAACAAACAAACAGGAAGCUCUUCAGGAAGAGUGAUCUUCCCAGAAGUCCUCACAGACCAGCAUGGCCAGCAAGCCUGUCCUCGGAGCCUGGCUUUGUCUCCUGGCUCAUCCCUGUCCUUUGAACAGUAAGGUGGGGUGACAGGCCCCCAGCCCUUCCAUUACGUCACUACUUUUGGAGCAAGUUGUGUUGAUUUCCUAAAGAGUAUUUUCUUCAAGGAAAGUAGGAAUAAUACAUGUUUGUUCUUUCCCUUGCCAUUUUUGGUCCUCUGCUGCUUUAUCGUUUCUUCCCUUUCCAAUUUUAUUUCCCACUCUCCCUGUCUCUUUCUGAUUAAAUGUUUCAUUCCUCUCGUCUCUAGUGGAUGCAUGCUCUCUUCCCCCCCCCCCUCUUGUUUUUUAAAUUUCUAUUUAAAUUGCAGAAUUUCUACUCACAUUUUGUUUCUUCUCUUCCCUAAUUGCUAAGACUUGAGGACUAUUCUUUAUCCUGGAGCUUUUCUUUAAUUGCAUUGGGAAUGUUUGUUUACAAUGUGGUCUUUUUUGGGGGGAGGGGAGGUUUGUGUUAAAAGUAAAUACAUGUAUCUCAACAAUGACAUGCCUUCUUCAUCUUGGGAUAGGCAAAUGCAAUACAAUCAAAGAAUCUGUGACAGCCUGAUUUUAAAUUCCUAAUCACUAGAGAAAAGACUUAUUUAUAUCAAAUGAAGUAUUUAUGAAAAAUGUGAGACAGCAUCAGAUCUCAACGAAGAAUUGUAGAUUUUUGCUUUUUGUUUUUAAGACGUAUUCCAAUUGCUAAAUUGGUAGUUUUUCAGUCUUUAUAAAAUGAGAUUAAAGAAAAAAGAUAUACAGUUAUAUGAGAUGUUUAUUUUCUAUGUGUGUGCAGAUAGUUCAAGAUUAUGCAAUAAAUCUGGUGUUUAACUUAAA